UUAAUCAUGUUAUAUAACUCAACCUUGACAACUAGCUUGUGAUUGUACAUUCUGACUUCAUUCAUUACAGAUGGGAUACAAGUCUGCUGUGAUAUCUGCGACUUGAAUUGCAUGCAUGCAGAAUCGUUUCCGCUUGACCGCCUGUAUUGCGAGAUGAUGACUUGUUUAUGAAGGAGUCUCGAGAGCUGUUUGGGGGCCGUGGGAGAUUAAUGAGAUGACAUGGUACCCCUGGGUGAAACAUUUGUCUACAAUAUUAUCUUAUGUCAGGAUCCCAUUGUCACAGGCUGAAACUUUUCGACAGGUAUGUUACCUGUAGCUCUGCUCUGGAAACAUAUUGUGUUGUAUUGUGUCAUGUGGAAAGUGUUUAUAGCAGUUCAAAAUCUUUAAUGUGAAAAUAAAAAAGGAAUGUUUCCUUGUUAAUGGCUGGUUGACAAGCUCCAUUCACCUGAGCUGGAAACAUUUGGUCUUUAAAAUUAACCCACAUUUGUUGUUGAACCUCUUGUUAUCCGGAAAAACAAUUUAAGGAUUUUGAUCUUUUUUUGGGUUUGGUGUGAGGGCCCAGGUCAAAUACUUGAUGGAAAGCAGGCUAGAGGGGAGAUAGAUGACGUUUAAAUGAGGAACAAUACUGGGGUUACCUGAGGAUCGACAUGGCACAGUUGACCUCAAUUUUAGGGGUCAAGGACUUCUUUCUGUUGCUGCUGAUGAUAGGCUUUUUCUCCUUGCUCCUUACGUACCACAUUGGACUGAACUUACCACGACCUCCUGAAGGUCACGGAGAGAUUAAGAAUGAACACCCUCUGAAGUUUCAUCAAAAUUGGUUCAGCAGUGAGGACAGUUUUAAUCAGAAACACAAAGAUGGCAACAAGCAGCAGCAUUUGUCCGAUGCAACACGAAAGGUCAGCUUACUGGACCAAAUAUUCAAGUUAGAAGAGCGUAUCUUAUCUGUAUCCAGACUUCCCGCACUCAUCCAGAACAAGGGAGGGAAAGACAACAGCACUGGGAUAUUGGAAGAGCUGUUGCAACACUUAGAUUACAGUAUAGUCUCCCAGAAUGGAAAUGAACUGAAUAUAGAAAAGUUUUCAAUGAUUUGGAAUGUAAAGGGAAACAACUCUACCCAAAUUUUAGCUAAAGAUUUACAUAAGACAAAUAGGAUACUUAAGUUACAGAAGAUCAUAUUGGAACCAUCUUUCUUGUGUAAUGUACAGAAAACACAGAAUGCAUUUUCAAAAGGGAAAGUUGGAGACCGAACUUUGUGCUCUGUGUCACCACAUCUAAACAAGCAGACAGAUUUACCUUUCAAGAGAGAACGAGAUUUUGUAUCCCUCCAUAAAGAUGGCAACAUAACAAUACAGAAUCAACAGAUACCUCAAAAAAAUACAGAGACUACCAGUGUCCUUUGGGCAGUUUCCCCCGGGGUGUUGGAGGUAGAUGGAGCCCCCCUCUUGGUCCGCCUCUCCCUCCUGGUGACCUCAUUGCUACCCCUGAGGGCCUACCUUCACUCCAGUUGUCAGGUGUAUAGAGUCAAUCAGAAGGGGCAGUCCCUUAGACAGGACCUGACCUCUUUAUGGCAUAUGAGGCAGAGCAUACAGCAGAACUUUGCGGAGACCACCAUGCGGGGGUGGUGGAGUCAGCUCAGGACAGGUUUAAUGAGUGCACUUCUCACUGCUGAGUUAGACGUCUGGCAGUCAAGGGCAGGUAACCCAUGUAGCUGCAGAAGGUGUUUCCAGAGUCUGGAUCUGGAUGUUGUGUUUACAAAUGAGUUUCAUCCAAUUAUAGUAAAGGUAGGACUAUCAGAACCAGCUCAGAUGACCAAGGAAUUUGUGGAGGAUAUGGUCAAGUUAACCUCCUUCAAGGACCCUGUAUACGAUGAAGUAAUGAAGGCGGUUGGAAACAUUCAACCCCAGAAAAUGCAUUGUAAGUCACAGUUAUCUCCCUGUCUGACGGACUCGGACCUGAUCUACUUACUGGACACAAGGAGAGAAGCCAUGGCCCCUGUAGAGUUUCUCCAGCUGUAUCCCUCAAUAAAUGAGGAAUAUGACCAUUUGAUGGAUCACUUUCUUCAUUUGCACUUCACUGAUCAUAACAGUCCCACUGAUGCUACCACACAACAAGCAAGCUGUCAUAUUACUCCUGAGGUACACACAAUGAUAGCAGAGACAGAGAGAAUACACCAACAAGUAAUCAAAGGGGAACAACUCAGUUUGAGAACCAUUCAACACAAACCUAUGUUUAUGUCAAGAAGACUUGAUGCUGAGUUUUCAGAGGACAGUCUGGUAAACAAGGAAGGAAGCACAAUUUUGUCAGCUGAUGAGCUUCAAAAGAACUGUAGUCUUGUUCCGUAUGAUUUACCAUUGCUGUCAGAGAUCUCUAUAACCCCAGCCUCUAUUCAGCUGACCCCUCAGUUUGACCCCAGUCGGACAAUGUACAGGGCGCAGGUAGAGUACGACACGAUUGUCUUCUCUAUAACUGCCACCACCGCACACUGUGACACCACAGCGCGGUUCCACACCGUGGACGGAGAAGAAAGGGUUAUGAACUACACGCUCGGUCUUGGUGAGAACCAGAUCAGGGUCCAUGUUGUCACCACAGCAGUACCAGAACCACAGAUCAUUAACACUUACAUCAUUCUGAUCUGGAGGCGGGAGCGAGGAAUCCAGAAUUUCCGAACCUCACUGAGAGUCUGUCAGCUAACCCAGGACUGUGAGCUGCGGUAUUCUUCAUCACGUUCCUGUGGACUUCAGGCAGUCAGACAGUUCAGAUCUUGGAGAAUCUAUCAGAAACAUAAUUCACAGCUUCCAAUAUGCCAGCAGUCUGAUUAUCAAGAGGCAUCUUGGUUUGUCCCUUGUGAAGAUUGUAAGAAUCCCAGUUCCUGUCAUUGGAAGACAGCUAUAUGGCAGCCAAAAUUCUGCCAGACUACGCAUCUAGACGACUAUGACAUCAGGGCGUGUUUCAAAGGUCGUAAAGUUCUGUUCAUUGGAGACUCCACAAAUAGAGGGAUAAUGCAUUACAUUCUGGAGAAGAUUAAUGGUUCUCUCUCCGAGUGGGAUAAAACUCAUAACCUGAAGCUGUAUAAGAGUAUAAAUGGCAACCAGACUGACCUCAGCUUCUCGUAUUACCCACAAUUCUGGCUGCCCACCAAUCACCGUCCUGCCUUUGACAAAGCCAUUUUUCAACUCAUCAAAUGGACGCGGCCUUUGAGCGAUGACAACAGAACUGUGCUGGUCGUGGGAGGUGUCCACUGGUUGGCUGGCCAGCAUCUUGAUCUCAUCAUUAAAGCUUUAAAAAGAGAAAAUCUGACUCACAUUAAGCUCAUUGCCAAAGGACUUGGUUCAGGGUUCCAUCAGCGUGUUAUUGGUGUCCAUUACUUACCAGAUUCUGAGAUACAGAACUUAGUUCAGAGAGAAAGAGAUAUAGAAAGACAUGGUACUCAACUGGGCUUUCAAUUCAUCAGCACUUUUAACAUGACCAUGGCUAGAUUCAAAGAUUUUCUACAGGGAAAGUGUGCAUGUCAUUUUCAUAAGUUAUCCGAAGUGAAGAAUGACGGAUAUGAUAAAACUAUGUAUCAUGUACAGGGUGAAGUCAAUGAAAUCUACUCACAAAUGGUCAUCAACAGUAUAUGCAGAAGCUAAGACGUUUUUAUUCAAGAACUUCAAGCUUGGUCUUCCUAUACCUUGUCUAUAUUAUCAGCCUAUCUUCCUCUUUCUGUUAACGCUAUACACGCUAUAAUUUGACUAAAUUUUGAUUAACGGGGAAAAUACAUGUGUUUCAUUACUUGCAGAAGUUACCUUUAUGCUAUUUAUUAUAAUGACCAGACUACUGAUGGAUCAUGUAUUAAAGACAUCAAACUUUAGAUAAUAAGAAAAAUAUUUUUUUUCCUGCCAGGAAAGAAAUGCCUCCACAUGAAUAUCAAUCUAUCUUGUGAUAUCGACUGCUAAUUUCAGACAAUCAUACAAAACGUGGUGGGCGAUUAACAUCUUUCUGAUUGUUGUAGUUGCAUGAACGAAAAUAUAACUAUUUUUUUCGGUAAAGCAAACAUUUGUCCUUAAUAUGAUACGAACAAAAGAAAGCAAAAGUUUAAGAAUGUGAGCAUGUAUAUGUAUAUGUAUAUGUAUAUAUAUAUAUAUAUAUAUAUUUUUUUUUUAUUUCACUGAACAGUGGCGUAGCUUGUGUUUCCCGUAAGGGUUAUUUCUAAUUCGUGUGAGUGUUAUUCUCUUUUAACAUUUAAGGUACCUCACUACACCGAAACUUAUACUUUUUAAGACAUUACGUCACAAAAUGGCGAUUUAAAUGUUUUGUUAAAUUGUAUUUAUCAAUUGCUUGUGUUGACUAUCGCCAUAGCCCAGUGGUUCAAGUAGCGGGCUGUUUAACCGCAGAUCAUGAGUUCGAACCCGCCUGGGGGUUUUGUUAACAUUUUCGGAAUUAAAAUUCUGAAAAUAUAAUUUUUUUUCUCGCAUUUUUGAAUUAUAUACUUCUUAUCUACCAUGAUAUCCAUUAUAAUCAAGUAAUUUUCUAAUGAUUUGUGAAACUAUUUCAAGGUGUAGUUAGCCACCUUAAACGUUAUGGUACCGUGAACGACAAACAUAUUACACUCAUAACACAUUACAUACUUCAAAGUAAUAACUGUUAAGCAUAUACAAAAUCGAGACGGAUAUUUAAUUAGGCAAACAAUAACGGCCACCUGAUUUCCCGCGGACAGGCGCACUGAGGUCGGUUUCGCUUUUUCUUCAUCAAUACUAAUAUUUAUGAAGUGGCAUUACUUUAUGUCAGGAAAUAAAACAAUGAAAAUUCUAUAUCAAUUUACAGAAUAAAGAUAACAUUUAUAAAUAAACAAACAUGCUUUUUCACUGUCAGUCAAAUUUGACUCAAACUAAAGCGUGUAUAGCUUGAAUGAAAAUUUCCAUUUGCCAAAGGUAGUAUAUACGAUAAUGCUACAAAUAAUGCAACAUGUUUGAUAAGUUCGGGUGAAACAAUAGUGAAAUCGUCGAGUUUUUUUUUUCAAAAUAAAGUUUUUGUACUAAAAAUCAUUACAACUCGAAAACCUAGGUGUAUCGCAUACUGUAUAUUCGAAUACAAGUGAACAGCAGCAUAGUCACAUGUACUAGCUACAGUUCAAAUCUAUACACUAAACUGUUUAUUUAUUGCGCACAUUGCGAAUUUUCCAUGAAGCUACAGUUCUGCAGGCGCUGUUAUAUGCUAGUAACCAGAUGAAUGGUUUGAAUGAAUCAAACAAGAAUUAAGGAGAAUGUUAACCAAACUUGCUUCUGACAUUUGUUGGCAUGCUUUUGAUAGUGCAUAUCUUUCAUUCUUUCAUCGACAAAAAUUAUAGCUGGAUUUUACAGAAGUUAUAUUAUUGUUGCUGAAAAGUAUUUGUUGACUAAAUUUUUUUUAUCUGAACUAAAAUCAAAAUUUAUAUGUCAGCCUUAGCUUUCAUCAUCGAUUCUACAUGUACACUAUACGAUGUAAUUUUUUAAAUUAUAUAUUUUUAUUUCAUAAACCAAUGUCAUAUUUGAGAAUAAAAAUACUCAUUGUUUUCUUGCAUAUACACUGUCUUGUUUUUGUAUAUAUUUGUAAUGAUUUGAAUUUUAAUAAAUUGUUAUUUUUAAGGAUAAUUAUUUUUUCUUU